GAUAAGUGAAAAUAGGAAACUUAAGGCUAAAAAGCGUUUAAAACAAAUCCAGAUUCUGCUAAAUUUUAUGGUUUAAUAUAGAAAUGUGGAAAAAAGCAGGAUCACUCAACGAAGCAUUGUCGUACUUUAAACUGGAAGGCAAACUAAAUGCUACACGUUUUGAAGUUUUGGAGCUUACAUUUUAUUUACAUUUGUUUAAUUCUUAUAUCAUUUGAAAUAAUGUCUAGUUGAGCUUUUAACAGAAGUACAAAACUUUAGAACUGACCAGAGAUGUCGCUGAACAGCUGUGAGUAAAUUCAUCGAAUCAUAUUUCUCAGUCUGAUAUUGAUAAAAAUAAUAUUUCUAUUUUGUCCGUUUGUGUAUAAAAACCAUGUGAGAGGUGCACGAAGUAUGUUAAAAAUGCACGAAAUAUCGACGCAGGAAAUAUACUCAGGCGAUUUUCCGUGGUUGCCAUUUUUUUUUCUUGUUCUUGCCGAGGGCAUGACUGGGAUGUUUCAAUAACAUGAUUAUCCUGUGGAAAACUUGGCUUUGAAGUUAAAAAAGACUAAUAAGGGGAUGUUAAAAAGUAAAAACUGUAGACCAACCUCGCUUCCACGACCCAAAUCGAUGUCCUGAUGUCAGUAAAGACGAAAAGAGUUAUGGGAACGAGGUUGUCCACUGGAACAGAAAUUAAGCAAGAAUUCUACCAUGCUCUAAAGAAGAUGAUCUUGAUAUUUUUGUUUUUUUACUUGGUUAGUUUUGUUUUUCUUUCAGUAUGUUUCUACUGACAAUAAGAACAUAAGGUUAUAAUGAAUAAGUAUUCUCCUCCGUGGUGAAUAAAUAUGUUGCUACAUCUAGACAUAUUCUUUAAUUAUUUGGGGGUGGAAAGAUAGAUGUUACCUUCGAAGUUGCAUUUUAAAUCAAAUUUAGUUAGCAUACAAUUAGACCUAUGGCGGAUUUGUCACAUAGCAAACAUGUGGCUAUUACGCGUUAUCCUAUCUAGCUGGCUGUUAACAAACAGAGCAUAAACAUUUGCGUAUUACCAACUAUAUCGGACGCUUAAUGUUCAAAUCCUCAUAAAAAGUGUCGAAAAUUUAUUGUCACAUCAGGAAAAUAGAAUAAGUUAGGCUUCGCUUAAUUCUGAUUGUUUUCCCUCUUGAAUUUUAUGCAUCCUGUCAACCUCGUGUUCAGGACCAUUUAGCCAAUUUGCGGUCUAAAUAUGAAAAGCCUAACAAGUUCUGGGGACGAGGUUGUCAUCUUGUUAUACAUCAAAUGUUCGUGCUUUUCUCAAGAUUAACAGUGAAGAUAGAUAGUGCUACCAUGUUGGUUAAAUAAAAAAUGACAAGGCACGUGGAUUGGAAAAAAAAUAAGUACCCAAUAUUCUCUACGAAGGAGAGAACGUUAGCCCAGUGUUACGAUGUUAUUAACUAGUUGGAAAUGGGAGUGGAAACACAUAGAAAAAAACACAGCUGGGAAAGUUCUGUAAAAGGCUAGGGAAGUCGGGGCGGUUUCAAAAUGUCAUCCGACGAAGAAAAUCAAAAACCAGCUAAGAAUAAUGAGUCGAGUAGUGAACAGUGUGGAAGGUUUGAUUGCAAGUUUAUCAAAAAACCAUCAGGAUUCCUCAUGUUUAUUAACAUGUUCUUAGCAUUUGUCUCUAUGUGUAUGAUGUCUGGCUGGUUGGGUGAUGUGCGUUAUCGCAGUGGGCGUUGGAAUUUCUUCAUGUACGCCUGCACUCACACAUGGGUGGCGUUACUUAUCAUGAUCAUCCUGCGGUUGUUAAAAGUUCCUUCGUGUUGCGCCAUCAUUAACUGGCAUUUAACGUACGCCAUCAAUGCAGGUAUAUUUAUCGUGCUAUUACUGAUCUCAUCUGCUGUUGUGGCAAAAAAAGCUGGGGAUUAUGGAGGCAUUUACUGUGACGCUUUAGAUUGUGAUUUGCUUGCUGCUACAGCUUGCUUUGGUUUCAUCACAAUGAUUGGAUGCAUGGUCGAAUGUUUUUUUCAUGUCAGAGAUUGGCAAGCUUCGUCACAAGACAAUUAGUUGUACUAUAUUGUAUUAUUUUUGUUGAAAGAAAUAGUUUUGUGUA